UUAGUUACCAACCCGAAGGGUUCGAGGCAUAUACUCACUUCAAAAUGUGCUGUCGCUGCUGUGGAGUGACCCAGCAAAAGGUUUGGGUUUUCGGUCUUGGUACGCUAUUCACAGUUUUCGGAUUACUAUUCAUAAUAUGGUGGCCCAGUCUCAUAGAUAGUAUCAUCAUGAAUUCAUUGCCGCUGACGCCCACAUCGAAAACAUUCGAUAAAUGGGAAACGCUGCCAAUACCCGUCUAUAUGAAAAUGUAUCUUUGGAAUUGGACCAAUGCAGAAGAGGUAAAACUGCAUGGUGUUAAGCCCAACUUUCAGCAAUUGGGACCAUAUGUCUACAGAGAGGAGCGACUGAAAAUGGAUCUGGAGUGGCAUGAAAAUAAGACGGUAACCUUCAGUCCAAAUCGCACCUGGUUCUGGGAGGAAGAACUCUCCGGUGGAAAACAAACGGACCUUGUGACCGUACCUCAUCUACCAUCGAUUGCGGCAGCUGCGGAAAUGCGAGAUAAAAAUGCUUUGGUGAAAGCUGCUUUCAACCGAGAACUAAACGCGCAUGGUGGUGCCCUCUAUGUGACACACACGGCUAGCGAGUGGCUCUUUGACAGUUUCUACGAUGAGUUUCUGCAUUAUGCAAUGAACAAUCCACUCGCGCCGGAGGUUGAGUCGGAUCACUUUGCCUGGUUCCUCGAUCGCAAUGGGUCUAAGGAGUUUGAGGGAUCCUUUACAGUGCACACGGGCGUCGGCGAUAUUAAGGAAAUGGGUGAAAUUAAAUUCUGGAAUGGUGCAAAUCACACUGGCUGGUAUGAGGGCGAGUGUGGUCGACUCAAUGGCAGCACCACCGAUCUCUUUGUGCCCGAUGAGCCCAGGGAGAAGGCAUUGACCAUAUUCAUAGCGGACACACGUCGCAUUAUCAACUUGGAGUAUACGGGCGAGAGCUACGAGAUUGAGGGCAUCAAGGGCUGGAAGUACGAGGUGACGCCCAACACAUUCGACAAUGGCCAAAGGAGUGAGGCGAUGAAGUGUUACUGCCCCGUUUAUCGUCAGCCCAAUAAUUGUCCCGCUUCGGGCGCCACAGAUUUGGGUCCCUCGGCAGACGGUGCCCCCAUGUAUCUGUCAGCAUCUCAUUUCAUGUAUGCGGAUGACAGUUAUGCCAACACAAUAACUGGCUUUGAGCCAAACUAUGAACGUGACAAUUUCUACAUUAUAAUGGAGCGCAAAUUUGGAGUGCCGCUGGAGGUGAAUGCGGCAGUGAUGGUCUCAUUGUUAAUAGAACCAGACGAGGACAUUGACAUAUUGACUGGCAUUCCGAGCUUCUAUGGACCACUCUUCACCACGGCCAGCUCAGCGGUUAUUAACAAGGCGCUCGCUUCCGAGCUAAAGCUGGCAAUGAACCUGCCAGCAAUUGGACGCUAUACGGGCGUGGGUCUUCUAUGUGUGGGCUGCAUCCUGUUGGCCGUUGGAAUUUUCCUCACACUCAAACGCCGUUGGUAUGGACAGAGGGCAGCUGAUAAUACGGAACUUCUCAGUCCCGACACCGACCACAAGAACAACAACAGUUGCAAAAUGUGCUGCAAUUGUUGCAGUGUGCGCCAACAGAAGAUCUGGGUCUUCGGCCUGGGCACCUUUCUAGUUAUACUCGGCACUGUGCUGCUCUCGGCCUGGCCAAGUCUAUCCCGGCAAUUGAUACGUGGCAUGCUGCCACUGGCGCCCAAUUCGUUUUUAUACAAGAGCUGGGUGGUCGCACCGGUGCCAGUUUAUAGCACCUUUUAUCUGUUCAAUUGGACCAAUCCGGAGGAUUUCAAUAAUACGGAUGUGAAACCGCACUACGAACAACUGGGACCCUACACAUUCAGCGAUUACAAAGUCAAGGAGGACCUCUUCUGGCAGCAGCCGGAAGUUACCUUUGAUGCGCGACGUGAGUUUCACUUUGUGCCUGAGAAAUCAAAUGGAAGUUUAGACGAUGUCGUUAUUGCACCACACUUCAUCACACUGACUGCAGCCCGCUAUGUGCGCAAAUAUCCUCGGAUAUUGCGUAAGAUUAUGAACUUUGCCCUGAAUCGCGAGGGAGGCGGCACCCACUUGAAGCACACAGCUGGAGAAUGGCUAUUCGAUGGUUUCUACGAUGAGCUCAUUGAUUUUGUGGUGCUGCUGGAUUCGCCGCUGUUUCCGAUAUAUAGCAAAAACUUCGGCUGGUUCUACAAUAGGAACAACUCACAGACGGCCGAGGGCAAUUUUACGAUACACACGGGUCGUGGGGAUCUCAGCAAAAUGGGCGAGAUCCGAUUGUGGAAGGGCGCUGCACAUACGGGUUACUAUGAGGGCGAAUGCGGCAAGGUCAAUGGCAGCACGGGGGAUUUAUGGGCGCCGGGUCGCCAGUGGCAUGAAACGAUUUCCAUAUUUUUAGCAGAUGCAUCGCGCUUCAUAAAUCUAUACAGCAUAGCGAAUGUUACUGUUCAGGGCAUCAGUGCCUGGCUGUACGAGACCACCGAGCUAUCCCUCGACAACGGCCAAGUGUCGCCAGAUACGCAAUGUUUUUGCGUUGCCAAUCGCCAAUGUCCGCUAAAUGGUGUACUAGAUUUUUCACCCUUAACAUAUCACGGUCCCUUCUACGUGUCGCAUCCGCACUUCUAUAUGACUGAUGAGUCCUACAGAGAAAAUACGACAGGACUACUGCCCAAUGCCCAGGAGCAUAGCAUGCAUGUGGUGAUGGAGCCCACAUAUGGCAUACCGAUUAGCCUGAAGGGGCAAGUUAUGCUCAGUGCGUUCGUGCAACGCGAUGAGGAAAUUGACCAUUUAAAGGACAUAGCCUAUGAUCACUAUGCACCGAUGUUUAUGUAUCAACUGUACGCCGACUUGGAUGAUGAUCACAUUAGGCUGCUCAAGCUUGGCUUGAGUGUGCCACGAAUUGGUCAAUUCACCGGCCUGGGUUUGUUAUUGAUUGGCCUCAUUGUGGUGAUUGUCGGCGUGAUAGUGACUAUGAAACAUAAAUGGCACAAUGAGUGGAAAACUGAAGCUGUUGACGACGUUAAACCACUUGAGAACAAAGGCGUAAACAGCGAGUGAUUGAGAUAAGACUGUGUUUUACCUGUCUUUUUUGUGAUAAUACUGAUAUUUUUAGUUAUUUGUCGGUGCACAAUUGAUUAAAUUAGGUUAAAAAUAGGUGAAGUGCGCCAUAAACCGAAAUUCCGGAACACAAAUUUGGCGUGCUGCUGCUUUCUGCCAAUUUGCGUUGAGGUGUUGCCCAGCUGCGCUCGUGUAGAAUUACACAAAAUUAUGGCCUCUC